AUGCACAAGCUUCGUAGAGAGCGCAAACCUGUAAGCAAAUGGUCAGAGAAAGAGGACCUCUUGAUGCUUCAACUUGUGCAAAAGCUUGGUACCCGCCAUUGGACCGUUAUUGGCACAAAAUUGCCUGGACGGAAUGGCAAGCAAUGCCGCGAAAGAUGGCACAAUCAACUUGAUCCGGCAAUUCGAAAAGAGCCGUGGACAGCUGAAGAGGAACGUAUUCUCAGCGACAUGCAUGACAAAUUUGGCAACAAAUGGGCAGUGAUUGCCAAGAUGUUACCUGGAAGAACGGAUAAUUCCAUUAAGAACCACUGGAACUCCAGCAAGCGACGACUUCAACGUAAUGGUGCGCCGCUAACUGCAUCGCAGCGUAAGCGUCGUCAUAGCUCGGGGUCAAAACGCAUCUUCUACGGCGACUUCCAUGAGGUAAUGUCUCCUCUGUCCAUUGUGGGCAAUGAGAUGUAUCCUCUCAAUACUUUUCUUACGGACCAAACUAACUUUGCAAGUCUGUGCCCGAACAUUUUCCUACCAUCACCUGUUGCAGUUCAAACUAAUCAACUUGGUAGUCCGUGUAACACAAUGUGCUGGACACCAACCGAUACAACGCACAAUCGCCUCAAUUCCAUGUGGCGCGUUCCGGCAAUGCCAAAUUGGAAUCCGACUAUUACUUUCACUCCUCCUUUCAGCACAUCUACCACGAUCGAGCCAAGAAGUACGAAAUUGGCGUGCGAUCAAACUCCAGUAAUGAAUGGGAAGCGCUUAAUGGAAGAUAGGAACGAACAUGGACAGAAGCAGUUGAAUUCACAAGUGAUAACGCAGGAGAAAGACGACCCAUCGCUGGAGAUCUUGGCCAAUGCUGCGCUUCUUCAGGCGAUUGGAAACGUUGAGGAAGCGUCAUCAAUUUAA